AUGAAGAGAUACCAGAAUCUAAUGAUUGGAGAAGCUCUGUCGAAUAAUCAUCUUUAUCCAUUUGCUUGCAAUGAAUUGAGCUCGAUUUUAAAUCUUGGCUACUCUCGAUUGCCCAAAGAUCUCAAAGCUGUCAUCUUCCAAGAUACUCUCUCCGCUUUUCGUCUUCUUCCCGAGAUGAACACAGCAGCGGCUGUUUCAGCAGCUAACCUUCUCCUGAAGAGCGCAGAAGCCAAGAUACCUAAACAGAAGAAGAACUUAGCCAUUGUCGAAUUCAAGAAGGCAAAAGUAGCACUGAAGAGACGGAGUAAGAGCCAUGAGGAAGAAGAUACAGAUUUGCCUUCACUUCCACAUGAUAUCCUUAUUCACAUCUUCAGUUUCCUCGAUGUUUCGUCUUUACUUUCCUCAUCUCAAGUAUCUCGCUCAUGGAACCAAGCAACGUAUGAUGAUUCUCUGUGGCGAUCACAAUUUGACCUUCACUUCAAACACAAGUUCUUGGCUCGUCUUCAGUCUGGUAUUGACUCGAGAGAGGCCUUUAAGAAAGAAUAUCUUGCGAUUUAUUCAUCAAAAAUGUUAAGAUCUGGUCGGGGUUACUGCAGUUACUGUGACUCCAUGGUUUGGCACCACAACUUGAGAUGUUCGAGCGAACAAUGUCGGUUGAAAUCAGGCAACAUGCCACUCGUCCUCAUGUCAAGCCACCAGGUUGUUAACUAUGUACUUGGGGUAGUGAGUUCGUCUGAUGACAGUGAAACUGAAACAGACGAUGAAGCUGAUACUGGACUAUGGGUUUUUGAGCUCUAA